GACCUUAAAAUCUCUUCUUGUCUUGAACAAAGCAUAAGGCUUAGACUCAUUGGAUUGUGUUGUUGCUGUUGUAUUUGUAUUUCGGUAAUUUUGAGGUUUAUAGAAAAUAUAUUUACUGGUUUUGGCAUGUUCGUAAAUUUGCGUGAUUACCGCCAUAUUUUUGUUAACGAAUCUCCAUUUCUCAGAUUUACUUUCAUUUGCCGUGUACGGACUUCUACACUGCUCUGUAUUAAUUCAUUGUAUUUGUUUUCUACCCAAUAAACCAGAGUAUAUUUUGCGCUUCUCAAUACAGCCAAUCUUUUUUUUUAAUCUUUACAGGCUUUUUGGAUUCCCGAGCAUCGUUUUUUCUUCAAGUGUUGAUCGAUUCAGGUGUUAGGGUUUGUUAUAAAGAUUAGAAAAUUGAUUGUGGCAGUGGGAAGUUGUGUGCUUUGUUCUAGUAUGCAGAAACUUGAGUCAGCUUCAAUCAUGAAGGCAAGAAACAGUUUGGAUGUUCCUGUUUAUUGUGGGACUCAAGCGGGUCAGUUGUCUCAAAACAUGAGUCCUGAGAACAACAGGCGAUCAGGUAUACCUCCUUCACACCCAAAUAGUCCUCUUUCAUUGCCGUAUUCACAGUCACAGAUGAUGGGGUCUCGUUCAAAUGCCAACUGGGGAGCAUCCCAUUGUAGGUCUUUAUCUCAAUCAUCCGGGUUUGAUUGUUUGCCUCCGCUGAGUUCAUACAAUCCUAUGACUUAUCGUGAAUCAUCAGUGUCUGAUACAGUUUUGAAUAACAUGUGUAUGGAGGAAACAGUUGGUAAUUCUCAUGGUUUAUUGAUCCCUUCUCCUGAUAAUAGAGUCAAUGCUUCGAGGGCUGCUGAGAAUUUGCCUCCUCCUAAAGGGCAUAGGCGAUCUAGUAGUGAUAUUCCUCUAGGAUUUUCUGCAAUGAUUCAAUCGACACCUCAAUUAAUACCGAUAGGGAGUAGGGGAAUACCUGAUGUGGAAAAGCCAAUUCAGUUGGUGAAACGAGUAUCCGAGUGGAAUGCCAAGGAUGGAAGUAAUAAUGCAGAAGGGAUAAGUGAGAAGAAACCUGAGUUGGUAGAUGAUUUGAUAAGCGAAUAUAUGAAUUUGGACAAUAUUGAUACAUUGAACUCGUCAGGUACUGAGGAUAAGGAUUUGGACAGCAGAGCUAGUGGUACAAAGACAAAUGGGGGUGAAAGUAGUGAUAACGAGGUGGAAAGUCAUGCAAGUGGAAAUCUGGUUAGCUUGCAGGGAACUAGUUCAAGUCAAAAGCGGGAAGGAGUUAAGAGGCGUGCUGUUGGAGAUAUUGCUCCAACUGUUAGGCACCAUAGGAGCCUUUCAAUGGAUAGUUAUAUGGGGAAUUUUCAGUUUGAUGAAGAGUCAACAAAGCUUCCUUUUCAAACUCAAAUUUCUCCUGGCAGCUCAAUUGAUGGCAACUUAGCUAAAUUGAGCUUGGAGUUGAAUGGUGAAUUUACUGAAGUGGAGCUGAAAAAGAUUUUGGCAAAUGAUAAGCUUGCUGAGAUUGCACUGUCAGAUCCGAAACGUGCCAAAAGGAUUUUGGCUAAUCGUCAAUCAGCUGCUCGCUCCAAAGAGCGGAAGAUGCGAUACAUUGCUGAACUGGAACAAAAGGUGCAAACUCUGCAGACUGAGGCAACCACAUUGUCUACCCAGGUUACAAUGUUACAGAGAGAUCAAGCUGGGCUUACAAGUGAGAACAAAGAAUUGAAAUUUCGUCUGCAGGCAAUGGAGCAGCAGGCUCAACUCAAAGAUGCUUUAAAUGAUGCAUUAGCCGCAGAAGUCCAAAGAUUAAAGCUUCCAGCUACAGAGGUGAGUGGAGAGACCCUUCUUUCAAGCCGAAUGGCUCACCAGCUUUCUAUCAGUCAUCAGAUGUUCCAAAUGCAGCACCAGCAGCCAAACCAAAUCAAUGUUUAUGAGUUGCAACAGCAGCCUCAGCUUAACCAGUUGGAAUCCCAGGAGCAGAAUGGUGAGGCUGCUAUCCAUGAUCCAAAGUAAUAGGCUUGUGAAAUGAACAAUGGUGAUCUGAAGCUGGAUUCUUGAUUUGUUCUUUUGUCUUCCCUGUUUAGAUGGAGAAUUAGUUGUGUUAAAUCAUAGUUGGCCACAGAUAUAAAAGUUGAAACAACUACUGUGAUGCUUUUGAAUUUGUAUACUGGAUUUCCUUUUAUUUGAAUACAUGAUUUAAUUGCAGAUUGACA